AUGGUUUUGGACCAAAAAAGUGAUUUUCCAUCCCCUCCCCCAGACAUUAUAAAAACAAGAUUGACAGCAAAGGGCCGUCCCCUUUGCUGUCAAUCUGAGACAUUUUCCUCCCUUGAUGGGGUCCCUAUCCUCACCUGGCCUACUUCAGGGGUCCGGAAAGCCGUGUCCAUUCUUGGCCCUCCUCUGUACUUUUCCUUUACAGUGAAUCCUGGCUUUUGCCCCAGGAGAGACAAUGCCACAGUCUUCACAACGCACUGUUCAUGGGACUUGGAUUGUGCCUUGGAUGAGAAGUGUUGCCCCAGUGAAGGACGGAGAAGAUGCACCAAAGCCUUGCCAGCCAACCCUGGCCUUUGUCCCAAGAAGAGCCUCUCGCGGGUGUCCAGUCCUUGUGAAGGUGAAUGCAUAGAUGACCAGUCUUGUCCCAAGGGGGAAAAGUGCUGCUUUGUUAACUGUGGGCUGAAGUGUGUCCCCCCAGAGAGCCAUCACAGUGGAGAACCAGUGGAACUGGAUCGGGAUCCCUCACUGGAAGUGGGACACGGAGAUAUCUGCCUCCUUCCUCCUAAACAAGGAGACUGUGAUGCCCACAUGCCCCGAUUCUUCUAUAAUUCAACCUCUGGGAAGUGUGAGAAAUUCAUUUUUGGGGGCUGUGGGGGGAAUGAGAACAACUUCAUGACGCGGGAGGAAUGUUACCAUGCCUGCUUUGACAGAGCAUUGUCCAAACCUGGCAACUGCCCAAGGAGGACGGUUCCUGCUCUUCCAAGGUCCUCCAAGGCCUACUGUGCAUACGAUGCAUCUUGCCCAGGAGAUCAGAAGUGUUGUCACAUUGGAAAUAUCAAGAGAUGUGCCCUCCCUGUUGGAGUACAUCCUGGCUAUUGCCCCAGAAGAGAUGAUGUUGCAGUCCCUUCAAAGCACUGUUCAUGGGAUUCAGAUUGUGCCGUGGAUGAGAAGUGUUGUCCCAGUGAAGAACACAAAAGGUGCACCAAAGCCAUACCAGCCAAUCGAGGCCUUUGCCCCAAGAGAAGUCUACCACUGGAGUUUUUCCCAUGUGAAGGACAUUGCAGGGAUGACCGGUCAUGUUCCAAGGGGCAGAAGUGCUGCUUUGUUGGCUGUGGCCUGAAGUGCAUCCCUCCAGAGACUCAUCACAGCGUUGAGCGGGUGGCGCUGGAUCAGGACCAUGCUCUCACCUUGCCAGUUCACAGAGGUUCCUGGCCAUUGAAUUCUACAGAACUUGAAUCUCGGCCUGCUCGUGAUUUCUGCCACCUUCCUAGUGCCUCUGGCUCUUGUGACGCCCCCUCUGUCCACCGCGUCUUCUACAACUCCCAAGCUAAGAGGUGCGAGAGGUUCCUUUACAAAGGCUGCGGAGGCAACAGGAACAACUUUGCAACACAACUGGAGUGUCUCCGGAGCUGCUCCAAUCCAGGGAUCUGUCAGCUCCCAAUGGACCACGGAAUAGGCGAUGCCCUGAGGCCUCGCUACUUCUACAACUCCGACUCCAGGACCUGUGAAACCUUCAUCUACCGAGGACACCGGGGCAAUGCCAACAACUUCUGGGAGGAAGAAGAUUGCCUUCAGUUCUGUGGAUCCCGUGGUAAUCAGCUGGCUAGCCAGGGAAGCGGGGGAAGCUGCAGUGCACCCAACAGCUGCCUAAAUCAACAGAGAGAACCUCCUGAAGGACUUGAAACUCCUGGAAGUUACUCCUGGAUCCUCCCUGGAGUAUGA